UUUACUUUGAUAAUUUAAUAAUUAGAGAAUAUUAACUAUGGCCCCUAAGAAGAAAGAAACUGUAGUUGCUGAUGUUCCAUUCCAGCAGGUUCGUGAAGGUCAAACGAACUUUGCUGUAGCCCAUAUCUAUGCAUCAUUUAAUGAUACUUUUAUUCAUGUUACUGAUUUAUCUGGGAGAGAAACUAUUGUACGUGUAACUGGAGGUAUGAAAGUAAAAGCUGAUCGUGAUGAGAGUUCCCCUUAUGCAGCUAUGAUGGCAGCAGUUGAUGUAGCUCAGAAAUGUAAAGAAUUUGGUAUUCAUGCUCUUCAUAUUAAGUUAAGAUCUGUUGGUGGCGUGAAAUCUAAAAGUAUGGGACCUGGAGCUCAAUCAGCUUUAAGAGCUUUAGCACGUGCUGGUAUGAAAAUUGGUCGUAUUGAGGAUGUAACACCAAUACCGACUGAUAGUACAAGAAGGAAAGGAGGUCGUCGUGGUCGUCGUUUGUAAACAAGAGAAUUAUUACUCUUCUAGAUUACUGGAUAUAUACAAAGAUACUACAAAUUUAAUUGCAUUGGUAAUUAGACAUCUUACACAUGACUUUCAAAUUUAAAAUUUAUCAAUUUAGUUAAAUACAUGAAGAUUCUAGAUUUGAAGAUGUCUAUGGGAUACAGUACCUAUAAGAGUUUAUGGGACUUGAUGUAUUAAGAGUUAUACUAAAUAGUAUCAUAAAUUGACAAUUUCAUAGUUAUUGUAAUCUAAUUUAGUAAUAAAUGUAGUGGGAAGACCUUCCUCUAAACUUUACAUCUUUUUUAG